UGGACCUUUAAGGUCCCUUCCAACCAAAACCAUUCCAUGAUUCCAUGUCUUAUAGCUAUGAAAACUUCUCUGGGAUAGGUGCUAACCGGAGCUUUGUUCUCCUGCAGAUGGAACAUGGCACGGAGAGUUCCCAGACCACCAGGCUCACCUCAUGGCUCAGGAGUCGCACGCGGGCGGGAGCGAGUCGGAAUGCAUGGGCGGCCACAUGGGCCACAACCAGGCCCUCAACGUGCCCGAUUUCCUGCCCGCCAUGCAGAAGGCCCUGUAUGCCAGGCUCAGCCAGAAGCACCAACGGGAUGGAGACUCUGCCAGCAGCCAGGGCCAGAGGGCCAUGAGCAAAGACGAAGAUGACAAUGUCAACUGGUAUUCCAGUAGCGAGGAGGAAGAGGGGAGCAGUGUUAAAUCGAUCCUCAAAACCUUAAAGAAGCAGAGCGAAAACUUUAGGAAUCGGCAGCAACAUUCCACGGAGCAGCACAUGCUGGGAAUUCCUACGGAUCCCCGGCUGGCCAAGGACAAAGGUAUGGGGCCUCAGACUGCUGACCCGAGACUUCGGGCCUCUCCAAGGCCCAAUCCCAGGAAACCCUCCGAUUCGGCAUCCUUGGACCCCCGGCUGGCCCGCGAUCCGCGGAUGCACAAGGUGAGCGAGGGCCACGCCGGCUCCUCCCUCGGGGCGGCCAAGCUGGAUUUGCACCACGCGCACGCCGGAGUCAAAGUCAAGCAGAAAGGGAUGGAUGACGACGAGGAGGACUCGGAAAGAGAGCUGAGGGAACGGGCUUUCCUCAUUCCCUUGGAACCUUUGCCCGGCGUCACGUUAAGGGAUCCCCGCUCCCAGCUCCGGCAGUUCAGCCACAUCAAGAUGGAUGUGACCCUGAUGAAACCCAACUUUGCCAAGCACAUCGUCUGGGCCCCCGAGGACUUGCUCCCAAUCCCUUUGCCUAAGCCCGACCCCGUCUCUUCCAUCAAUUUACCUCUCCCUCCGCUCAUUGCCGACCAGAGACUGAACAAACUGCGGAACCUGAAGAACGAUCCGCACCCAAACGCGAUGCCGGCCGACCCCCGGCUCGCUGCCAAGGCCAAGAACAGCCUCGCGGGCCGGAGCGGCUACUUGGAUCCGGCUGCGGAUUCCCACGCCAGUAGCUCCAGCAAACUGGGGGAUCCCCGCUUGCAAAAGAACGUGGAUCCCAGACUCCACAGACUGUCGAGCGCAGACGCGCACCACGGAGUCGGGAAGGAUUCCCACCCUCCCAAGUUUGACCCCCGGCUCGCCAGAGCUGCCGCCAGCUCAUCCCAGCCCUCGGAAGCCGCGACUCCGAAACCCGACCCCGACGCUCUCCCUCCGUACGCGCCCAAACUGUCCUCCAGCGGCGUCAGGCUGGGAACGCCCGGCUCCAUCCUGAGCGGGAUCAGUUUGUAUGAUCCCAGGGAUCACGGCUCCGCCUCGGACACGGCGCCAGCCAGUUCGGGGGAGAACGGAGAGAACCAGAAAAAAAGUAUUUUGAAAAAUUCCAGUAAAAGCGAGCCCAGCCUGGCGGAAGACGCGUCCCUGCAGAAAGCCGCCUCCAACGCGGAAAAAACCACGGAAGGAUCAGCGGAGGCUGCUUCAGACAAAGCGAACAGCACCAGUAAAUCUCAGGCUAAACACUCCAGCGCUGCUCCUGCCGUGCAUAAUCUCCCGAUCCAGGCUUUGUCGGGGUUAAUCAGGCCGCAGUACAGCGACCCCAGGCAGGUGAGGCAGCCCGGACAGGUAACGCAGACCCCGGAGAACGAUCCCAACGGGGAGUCGGAUGAUAAAUCCUUGAAAGAUGUUUUCAAGACUUUCGAUCCAACCGCUUCCCCGUUUUGUUAGCAGAUGGCUUUGGAGCCUUUUUACCGUUGUGGAUAUUGCAGUUCUCUGCUGUUUUGUACCUGGGUUACCUCUUUUGGCUUUAUUUAUUUUUAAAUUAUAAUUCCCACCACUUUUCAGCUGCUAAUCCCGAACCACACGCAGUUCUCCAGUGCGCUCGAGUGUUUGCAAAGCUGUGGUAUUUUCUAGAGAAUCCUUUUUUUUUUUUUUUUCCAAUUUCAGGGAGACUAAUAAUUGACCUGUAGAAAGGAAACCAAUCCCCCCCGGAUCGUGUUAGAGCUGAGAAAAGCACUUUCAUUGUAAAUAAGUCAUGGAAAAUCCCCAGAGCUGUAUAUGUGUGAGCUGCCUCUUCCCAACCACCACUUAGAUCUGAUUGCCACAUUUGUAUAGAUCCAAGCAAUAUUAUGUACAUUAAUUCCCGGGAGAGACGCCGUUCCAGGACUGCCAAACCCCCGAACCGAUGGAAAACCUGCGUAAAUGAAUUCCAAGGAAACCGUCGCUCCUCCUUUUCCGAUGCGUUGGUGUAAGACACGGACAGUUUUUAUUCCUGCAGUCAAUAUUAGUGUAAAAGAGACUCUAUCGCAUAUUGAGGAUGAAAAAAAAUGUCAUAUCUUUUCAAAGUAUUUUAUUCUAUGCUGUACAUAGAAAAAAAUUGUGAAGUACAUAACUAGGAGAAGUAACUGUUCAAAGUGGAGAGAACUACGUUGUCUAAUACGAGAAGAAAAAAAGGUUUUUAUUUAAUUUCUUUUCCACACCUACACGAUUGGGAUUUAGUGCUCCGAGUUCCAUUGUGGUGUUCAUGUAUUUCAACGUAUUUUUGUAUUCAGCUGCUUAAUUUGUAUUGCUUUUUUUGUAUGGCUGUAACCGCAGUACUUGUAUUCAUGGUGUCUCGGCGACAUUUUUAACAAAACAAUUAAAAAGGGUACCGUUAAUCCCUGGUGGUGACUCCGUGGGGACGCUGGGAUGAGGGGGAUAAUGCCGUGGGAUAGCACAGUGGGAUGGUUGGUGGGUUCUUAACCAUCUACCUGGUUCCAAGGCCCCUCUUGGAGAGAGUUGCCACUUUCCACUCCAAAACGUCCUGCAUGUCUUUAAUUUCCAUGGGGGAACACAAAUGUCCUCCAAGCUUCCUGUCCUGCCUUUUGGGUUGCUUUUCCUCCAGAGGAAGUGUAGUCAUUCCUAGCCCAGCUGCCUUUCCAAUAAAAACUUGCCGGCUGCUCCAUCA